CGGCGCUUUGCGGCAGUCGUUGGCGGUGGCGAGGCCGGCGGGCGCGGGGCCGCCAUGGAGGGCGGCGGGAACUCCAAGGGCACCGGGCUCGGCGGCCUCUUCGGCGCCGGCGGGCUCGGCUACUCGCACGCCGACCUGGCCGGAGUGCCGCUAACUGGGAUGAGCCCUUUGUCGCCCUAUUUAAACUUGGACCCCAAGUAUCUAGUACAGGAUACAGAUGAGUUUAUCUUGCCCACAGGAGCCAACAAAACUCGAGGCAGAUUUGAGUUGGCCUUUUUUACCAUUGGAGGAUGUUGCAUGACAGGGGCAGCAUUUGGUGCACUGAAUGGUUUGAGACUUGGCUUGAAGGAGACACAGAAUAUGGCAUGGUCAAAACCUAGAAAUGUACAAAUUCUAAAUAUGGUGACAAGGCAAGGAGCAUUAUGGGCUAACACUCUGGGAUCACUGGCUCUACUUUACAGCGCAUUUGGAGUCAUCAUUGAAAAAACACGAGGUGCAGAAGAUGACCUGAACACCAUAGCUGCUGGAACCUUGACAGGAAUGCUAUAUAAAAGCACUGGUGGAGUGCGUGGGAUGGCACGAGGUGGCAUCGCAGGUCUGACACUGACCGGCCUCUACGCCCUGUACAACAACUGGGAGCACAUGAAGGGCUCCCUAGCCCGGCAGUCCCUGUGAGCAGGGCAGAGGACAUGCUUGCUUAGUCACCAAUCAAAUCAGUUGUGAGAUCUAUCUGGUGCCCCUUGCUCUUUUAUUUACAAUUAGUGUGAAACUGAUGGAAGCUGUGCUGGGAGGAACUUCUUGACACGGUGUAGCUGGACUAGCCCUUCCCUCCGUGCUAGCCAGUUGCUGGAGAGGCAACAAUAUUUGUUGGACUGGCAAGUGAACAGAGUGGCCACCAAGAUAGUCUCCCUGCCACGCUCCCCAGGCAGCCCUGGCCAGAGCUGCCAGGCAUGCUGGACCCCCAUAGCUGCUCCUGCUCGCUGCCAGGUUUGUUGGGGUGCCUGCUAAAGUCUGUGUCCAUAGAGCACUCCCUGGAGUCCCAGUGCCUCACGUGGCCAGCCUGGCAGCACAGCCCCAGUAACAUGGCACAGGGCAGGGCUUGCUAUUCUGACAGCACAAGGCAAGCUAUCAAAAGGGACAUCAUCAGAAUAAAAAGGGUGGUACUUACUCAAUACCAUUUCUAUCCUUUGCUCUUCCUGCUAUUGAUAAGACAAAAGUGUGCUACAUCCAGUGACCURUUUAGGGAAUCAUUUUAAAGAGCCAAUGUGGUGAAAUUCUGGGGGGGUUGGUGGGUGAGGGGAGGUGGACAAGCAGGUUGAUCAUCUCUUAUGGGUGAUUAUGGUAAGGCAUACCAGGCCUUGACUUCACUUCCUUAUUUACUCUAAUAAAGAAGGAGCUGGUUGUUUAUGGAUGAAAUACAGGUGCUGUUGCAGAACAACUGCCAGUGGAUUAUUGAAACACUUGGGUGCUCCAAUAUCUCAGAAUACAAUUAGAAAACAAAAAGUAUAAAGACUCCAGUAAUUAUCUGUUACAGGACUUAAAAUUAGAAAGAAACUUUUUGCCUGAGGUACCAUUUGUAGGUUAUAGGCAGAAUGAAGACUAUGAUGAAGCCACACUUUCUCCUGUGUUGAAAUUAGACCAUGUACCAAGCAUCAUUUGCAGAGAAAUUAAACAGUAAGUUGGGAAUUAGUUCAGUAAUUAGAGUUACUGUACAACAACUCAUUCCUUCCAUAUUUAAAUAAUUAAACAACUGAAUUAUUAAAGAGGUCUGAGGACAGAGAAAGCAGAGCAAGGGAAAACCAGGAAACCUGCUGGUCAGGAGACAACUUAAUGCAUACCAAAUUUACUUCUGAGUUUCUGCUACUUUUGAGUUUCAGCUCUUGAGAAUUACACUGCACCCAAUAAAGUAAAAACAACAAAAAACAGUAAAGGGAAGGUGGUAGCACUUACCUUCCCCCAAGAAGAAAUWCAGCUUUGCUAAGAACCCUCCUCAGGAGGAAAUAAUUACUGACACCRGCUUUUUAUAGAGCAAACGCUCCAACUAACAAGCCCUCGCAGCUGAAUUCAAUUAGCUUUGCUUGGAUAMCAGGUCAAAUUAGAUGCUUUAUGCCAGUGCUUAAAGUAGCAUGAAGAAAACAGGCCUUUUCUUACCCCUUUGGUCAAAGCUGGUUUUUGUUAAGCCUUAUAUUUCAGUGUUUAGUGCUCUGCAUGUUACUGUUGUGGUGUGAGAGCUGGCCUUUCUAGCAUGCAAGUUUUCUAGACACUUGCAGGACUGAAACGUGACCCAGGAACUGUUUGCCCUAAUUGAAGCUGGAAAACUUUAAUCUAAAUUGAAGAUUAACAAAUGUAUUUCCUCCUUCAGGUGCACUGGAGAUAACAAAGAAACAAGCCUUUUCAGGUUUAUAGUUAGCACAAACCUUAAGGCUAGGCUGACUCUUGAACAACCUUGACAUGUUAUCUGGUCUGCAGUGUCCUCAGAUGUUGUGGAAUUGCUCAUUUCAAGGGCAGAACUGAGAGCAUUUCUCUGAAACAUCUGUGUUACAGCUGUUCGGAGUUUGGUUCAUAAUCUGUUUGUAUGUGGAGUGAUCUAUAGCUUGAGUAUGAAACACAACCAGCAAGAGGCAGCGGUGAGGGAGGUGAAUUGUAUGAUACAAUACAGAGAAUGUAGUCACAGUGUUCAGUUUACUGGCAAUCAGCAUAGAGUUGCUGCUUCAAAUUGUGAAGCAGCAAAACUAUCUCCAGGUUCACUAGGAAUAGAAGUAUGUAAAAUCAAGUUGAAAGCAGAAUUUGGCUCGAGUUAGAGCCCUCCCAUUUAUUCYUCAUAAAUGUGAGCAUGGGAGACCUUGGCUGUCUUAAAGAGCAGGGUUUUGGGGCCAGUCAGUAUCUUUGCUGAUAGAUCCAAGGCAGCUUUGCAUGCUGCAGCACCAAAUGAGGGAGCUGAGACAACAAGUGUAGUGAAAGGRUUUUGAGUCUUGUGAAGCCAGUUUUGCUUAGUCUUUGGAACAGAAAGGCAAAUCCAUUUGCACCAUUCCCUGUCAGCAAGUGACUUCUCWUACAGUUGAAUUUGUUGAAAAAUCACUACUUAAGGUAGACAUCUCCAGGCACCCUGAAGCAGAACCAGCUUCUGAAAACCAAAGGCAAAGGUAUGUUAGGACAGCACAAUGAUCCAGUAUUCAGUCUGUGUCCUGGGAUCUAAUCUGGAACUUCAAAAGGAGGAGAWAAAUCCUUUUGUAUGCUUUAACAGAAGAUUACCCCUUUGCUUAAUAAAUUCUAGAUAGGAAACCGGUAUGUUUUAAGUGGAGCUGUGUGUACUGUCUGUGAGYAUUGGUCUGUGCUGUUAAAUGCCAGCCAGUGCAGGGACACCAGAAGGUACCCCAACCCUUUUUGGUACUUUCCCAGCAUUAUUAAUACCUGCUGUGUGUUCCUCCUGGGUAGAUCCCCUUCUGUCUGCCCCCUCUCYCCCUGCUCUGUGGGAACAGCUGUCCACUCACUCCACAGCUGGUCUGAGGACAAGUGAAGGGGGCUGGUGCCCCAGGAACCUGUGGCCACACUGUUCAGAAAGAAGUGGGAGGAAAGGAAGCAUUCCUCAGUACAAGGCAUCAAUCUGGUAUCUCAGCUUGUUCAAAAAAAAGUUCUCCAGCCCUUUGAGAACCCGAGAAUAGCAUUCUCUGUUCUGGCUACCUGUCCUUGUUAUCUUGGGAUAAUUAAAAAGUAUUUUGUCCCUCUCUUUGAAAGCUAAACACUCAGGAUACACAUUCAAGAGUUCUGCAUGUGACUACUAACAAUAGAAUUUACAGUCCACUUUAAAAAAAAAGUGUGUGUGUAUGUCUGUGUGUGUGUGCAUGCAUAUCCCCACAUGAAAUUCUAAGGUAUUGUGGUUUAAAGGCUGCCAGGCCCAGCUGUAAAUAUUCUCUUAUUGAACAAUGCAGGCUGGAGUUCAAAUAACRGAAAAUCCUCAGAGGAGGAACCAAUCACACAGGGAUGCUGAUGUUCAAACACCAGYAAGACAGAGAAGAACUCACUUCCAAUUGCACAGCCAGACCACAGAUGUUGUUCAGUCAUGACAGGACCAAAUGCUACUAAAAUCCAUAAAUCCUCUUGACGUAUUCAAGGGUGGGAAGAAGCAAAUGGGUCAUUCUGUCCAAGUCGGUAUUUCUUCCAACAGCUGAGUAAAGCCCAGGUGACUGAGACACACCGGCUGUGUGUCCCGUGGCUGACACUGCAAAAUGGUGCCUGACUGGAGUUUCCCAUGAGGUGUGUAGGGGUGGGCCUGGUCCCAGAGCWCCCUGUUUGGAAGCUCAGUGCAGCUCCAGGCAGUGGUGAAAUGAACUAAAGCACAUGAAUCCAAUCAGGAUGGAAGCACGAGGGCAGCAGCUUCCAGAGGCAAACUGGCAAGGUGCCACAGCAGCUUUUGUUAACCAUCUUGCAAAUGAGACAUAACACACACUCUGGUUGCAACUCUUUUUUAAUGGAAAAGACUAAUCAAUGUUUUACAUAAAUAUCAAUUAGUGACAACAAGUCAGUUGAGUAAGUAAAGGAAUACAUACCCCAAGUCUUAAAGGCUCAUAAUGAACUGACAAAGUAGCACACAAUGACAACUACAAGGAAUUAAGUAGAAGAGGUGGGCUGCACAUCAAUCACCUUCAUUAAGUUCAACUGCUAAUCACAUCAGGCUCUUAUUGGAGUUAGUCACAGUGCAGUCUUCCMAUACAGCAACAAGGACACAUGGGAAGGGUAAAGUGAACUUCUGAAACACCACUCUGCCUCCAGCAGAAAGCCCUGUCUAUGAAAGUACAAAAGCCUCAAGUGUUUUGCUGAUGUUAAGCCCUUKCAGGGUCUGGUUUCAGAUGUGCAGUCUCCCCUUCUCAGACUAAAAACUUACUUUUAAACAAAUGCACAGGAUCGACCAGACAGGAAUGUGUUCACACUGCAAAGGUCAGCUCUUAAUAAUAAUUUCUUUUCUACAGGGUUGUGAAGAACUCAGAUCACUUUAAUUCCCAGGCAGGCUGCAGGGAUGGGGAGAGGAGGGCAAAUUUUCAUAGUCAUUAAGAGCAAUUUGUCAAGUAAAAGCUGCACUAGAAACUAUGGAACUUCACAGUUUUUUCCAUAGAGCCCGAUAGGCAUGAUCCACAUUUCCAUCCAGUGCGUUUGUACUCAUUCCUACAAGCUCAAAAGGCUGAAUAUCUGAAGAGGUAUUGCUUAUAUUAUGUCCACAGCUUCAGGGAUCUGAGUUACUGGACCCCGCUUUCACAUACAUAAUCACAUGGAAACCACAGAUUGAAUACCUUUAAACGGCACCAGUGGGAGCCACAGUUUGCCAGGUUAGUUUCUCMGUAAAACAGCAUGGCAUCAAUCUGCUUAAAGGCAUCUAAUUCCCCAAAUAUUACCUUUAAAUAUUAUGUAGCUAAGAUGCCUGCUUUCCAGUGGUUUAGUCAAUAAUUCAUUGUAACUUAUCUGGAACUAACAGAAUCACAUUUUGUUUUACAGCUUUUUCAGUGACAUUCAAAUAGUUUUUAAAUACUGGGGACACAGUAGGAUCUGAUCUACUGGUSCAUGAAAAUUAACACCCCACUCUGUUCUCUGACUGGCCCAAAAAUUCACAAGAAAAGUUUUGAUUUAAAAGUAAGUUACCAAUUCUCCUGUCGCAUGUUAGGUCCCAUAAAUCUUUAUCUUUUUGAAGCCUGAACUACACAUACUCAUCUGGGAAAUGCACCAACACAAAGUGCAAAUGAAACCUCCAUAAAACAAAUCGCUUCCAAGUACAGCCUAAGUAAGUUGGAACCCCAUCCAUGACAAGGYUGUAGCAGCUGAGAGGAACAGGAGCACUUCUGAAGUCACUCUCAAAGGUGGACGUUGCACAGCACCAGGAAGAUUCUGCUUUAUACCUGCACUGGCCUCAACACAGUUCAAGUGACAACCCAUUAAAGAUCCUUGUAUGCCCAUUAACAGAUACAAAUUUGCUAACACCUCUGUAGAUCAGAUUGCUUAUGCUCAGUGGGUUUACAUUUCAGAAU